CUCACUCUCAGCGCGAAAGACGAAUCGUCGAGAAAUAACGUGCAAAUUACCUUUAAAUUUUCGUCUCCUGUGUCCUUUGUCUCCUAAUUUCGCCAAGAUGAGCAAGAAGGAUGCAGAUUCGACGGCACGGAUACGCCAGUACUUGGAGCACCAGAAUAGGCCUUAUAGUGUUAAUGACAUCUUCAUGAACCUGCAUAAGGACAUCGGGAAAACGGCGGUUCAGAAAUGUCUAGACCAGCUCGUGGCCGAUGGCUGUGUUAAGGAAAAGGUAUAUGGCAAGCAAAAGGUGUAUGUGUUUGACCAGUCACAAUUCCCCCCCCUUGAUGAGACCCAACUUAAGGAGAUGGACAGAAAGAUCACGGACCUUAAUGACACCAUCAAACAAAAGGAAAAACUUUGUGGGGAGACUGAAGCCAGACUGCGUUCCCUGAAUUCCAGUUUGACUACUGAGGAAGCAGAAAAGAAAUUGCAGGAUGUAAGGGAAAAAAAUACUGUUAUGUCAUAGAUACUACAGAAAAAACUGUCAGACCUACAAGAAAACCAGGUGCUGAUCUCAAAGGAAGAAAAAGAUCAAAUCAAUUCAGAAAACGAGAAGAUGGUGAAGAUGUGGAGAAAGAGAAGACGAAUGGCCGUGGAUAUUCUCGAUGCUAUUCUCGAAGGAUAUCCAAAGAAGAAGAAGGAUUUAUUUGAUGAUAUUGGCAUUGAAACGGAUGAAGACGUUGGUGUCAAACUGCCAAAGGCUUAAGAAAUUAUAUCAUUUAUUAGUAAUGUAGAAGCAUAUAAUAUGGAAAACUGGUUUUUGUCAUAGCUAAGUUUCAGUUUUGCUAAAAUACAUACUAAGAGGAGUGGAAGCUAUCAUUUAUAUAGAAUUUCUCAUGUUACUUAUUCAAGCACAAAAUUGUAAAAGAAGAAAACCUACAUUCAUAUUAUUAUUUCAGAUUCAUUAAUUUUUGAAGUAUGGUUCACUGAAAUCUUUUUUCAAAUUACAAAUUUAUUUAUAGACUUUAUUCUUUUUCUUUUUUUCCCACUUAACUUCUUGUUCUCUCCCUUUUCUUUCUUUCAUUUAACAGAAGAGACAGAUGAAUUAGAUAUUGUUCUGAAUCGACUAAGGUACUAUACUUUUAAUAUUAUUAUUACUUUAUUUUUUAUAAGUUCAAAAAAGUGAAGCACAGCUUGGUAUUGAAAUAUAUGUAUGAAUUGUUUGUGUAGUGAAAAUAUGUGAUCUGUUAUAUGAGAAUAUAAAUUAGAAUUAUAUAUUUUCUAUAUAGAUUUUUACGGCAUAGUGU